ACACACACCACAACAUUGACACAGUGUCACACAACACACAGUACAGUAUUUUCUCAUUUCUAAUAAUUGACAUUUAUCUAUUGAUCGACGUCAACUUUUUCAUAAACCUGCUUUAGUCUGAUGUGUGGAAAAAUUGCUAUCUGAUUUUAAAAAGGAAUAUUAAAAUGUAAUCAGUUUAUUUAGAUAUUAUUAUUUUUAUUUUGUAAACAGAUUCAGGUUGCAAACGAGGACGAGGAGGAGACAGUGAUUUCGGAUUUGUAAACAAUCAUUUAAAAAAUGUAAUUGAAAUUGUAAAUUAGUUUAGGCCUAACAAAUCUCAUCAUACUCAUAGCAUAGAGUUGUACGGUAUACCGAGUUGUACUACAACAUUGGUCCAUAAUAGUCUAUAGUCCUAUAUUUCUAUAAUCUGACUUAUACUUAUACGUUUUUUGUUGACAAUGUAAAUGUAGAGUCAAAGUAGUGAGUAGUGUAGCUCAUCUAUACCAGUGGUCCCCAAAUGGGGGUCCGUGGACCUUCACAGGUCCGCAUGCCUAACGCUGCUGGUCCCAAUAACAUAAAUAUUUAUUGUCAAAUAGAAAUAAAAGUAUACAAUAAAUCAUGCACCGGUCCCUUGUAAAAUUUUGAAACUUGUUCAUCGGUCCGCCAAACUUAAAAGUCUGGGAUCCACUGAUCUAUACUAUAAACCAGUAUCAGUACUAAAAUUCUGCUUGCUUUAUUUUAAAAAAUAAAUAUAUUUAUAUGAUUAAUUAUGAUUCAUAUUAUAAUUAUGAUAUGAAUCAUAUAUAAUAUAUAUUGUUAGCAAUAAAGAUUAUGAAUUUGCUUUCCUCCUUUUCUUGUUUUUGUUUCUUUUAAUUUAUUAAUGUUUAUUGAUUGAUGGACUGCAUUUAAGUAAUGAAAUAUAAGAACAAGGUAUGCUAAAUUUGAAUUCAUAAUCAUAAACAGGACAAAAGAUUUUGAACUUUCGGCUUAGAGCCUUCAUCAGAAAACGAGACAAAAAGAAGUAUAACAAGUAUCAAAUGUUUAUUGAAGUUUAUAGUUACAAAACACUAAUACUAAUAGUAUUACUGUCAUGUUGAUAAAAGUAAUAAAUACAUUAUGUAGGGUCCUAUCAAUUAUGAUACAAAGAUUCUUUUAUUAAAAGUAACCUACUAAUAGUAUUAUACUAAUUGCAGAACUUGUUAUUUAGCCUUAGGAUAUGCAUAUUUAAUUAUAUUACAUACAUUUGAUGUUGCGACAGAUAAUUUAAAGAUGAUGGAAGAAACCAAUGAUGAGCAACCAGAAAUGGUCUCACAUGAAGAAGCAAUGGAGGCAGAAAAAGAGGCAACUCAAACUUCAACAUUUUCAAUAGGUAUCAAAUAGACAGUGUGCAUUGUGUGAUAUAAACAAAUCAUAUCAAAAGCAUAUCAUUACAAUUAAAAAUUGACAGUUAUAUGGAAAGAUUCUUAGAUUUACUUGUAUGUUUAAAAAGAAAUGUGGUAGUUUAAAAUGUUUAAGUUUAAAGUGAGAUUCAUUGUCUAUUUAUUUAAGCAGUUGAAGGUGUUCUGAUUAUGUAACAUUUUUUUGUUUAGGAUCUCCAACGACCUUAUUGCCUAAGCCACUAGCAGCACCCACUCCAUUACCUGCAUUUAUUAAUAUGUCACUUGGAAUCAUGGGCAAUGUAAUAAAUAUUUAACUACUUCCUCAUUUGAUAACUGAUUUUUAUCUUUAUAAAUACAUCUUAAGAAAAUAAAAAUAUAUUUAUAUUAUUAAAAUAAAUGCCUCUGAUUUUAAUUCAAUAACAACGUUAAUUUAUUAAUGUUGUAAAAGUGAUGUCAGCUAUUUGUUUUAGUAUUGUAUAGCUGACAUUAGGCCAAUAAUUGUUUCCUUAGGGACCAUCUACACCAACUGUUCCUACACAAACUUCUCCAGUUUCAACCCCAACACAUCCAAAAGCUCCAGGUAUAAAUAAAUUUAAAAGGUUUUAAAAUUAAAUCUUUAUUUCAAAAUUGAUGAUAUCAUCCGCUGUUAAAAGCAUCUCCUUUUUAUCUUGCUUUCUUAAAAUUCAAGCCCAUGAAUCAUGGCAUGAUUCAAUCAUUUUGUCUGAAACUUUCUUGAUUAAUAGAAUCUCCACAGAUCCCCCAUGAGGUGAAGACUAAGAUCCCUGAAGCGGCAGCUGAACCGCAAGGUUUUGUAGCAAGUGCCACUGCAGGAGGUCAGAGUCUCUUUGGUUGGAUUUCCAAUAACAGUUUGGUCAAUCGAGUGGUUGAAAAAACAAAGGUUUGUACUUAUUCAUUAAAUUGACAUAGUUCAGGAAUAUAUGAUUGUGACAAACGAUUAUAAGACCAGUGAGAUUAAGAAAUUUGUUUGCUUCAGGAUUGAAUUUUCUCUCUAUAUAUUAAUAUAAAUGAUAAAUCGUGGAUUAAAAACCUGCUAUUUUUACUAUCAUGUGCACCAAAUUUCAGCUCUGUUGUGAUUUAGGAACCAGAGAUCUAAGCAUUUCAAUGUGAUACAAAACCUAACCAAAAUAAAUAUGAAAUUAAUAAGAGUGGGUUUAAGAAAAAUGAUUAAACUUAAAUGACUAUUAACAAUUAAUUGUUGCAAGUGUUUAAAAAUGUUUUAUUCAGAGUUCAAUGGAGACUGUCAUAACAACUUUAGAUCCUGGAAUGCGACAAAUAAUCUGUGAGUAUGCAUUUGAACUUAAACAAAAAUAACAAUUUAAGAAGGGUUCUUUGCUAUCAACCUGCUUUUAUUUUAUCAGUGCUGCUUUUCCUUUGAAAUUUUAUUAUAUGCAUUAAAGCUAUAUUCUAAGAAAGGGUCUGUAGCAUUUGCCUGACUGACAAAGGUAUUCAUGGGGAAAAAAGGCUAAUUACUCUGAUUUAAGAUGAAUUAGCAAAGAGUUUUUUCCAGCAGGCUUUAAAAGCAAUAUUAUAAUUUUAUUUAUUAAAUCAAUAUGUAUUUAAAUGAGACAUGAUAAUAUGAGAUAUAAUUCAUAUUAACAAAUCGUACAUAAUUUUUGUUGUCAAACUUUGUAUUUUCAGUUUCUGGUGGAGAUAUUUCAAUAACUGUAGCUUCCACCAAGGAAAAUAAAUUGAUUCCUGUGAGAGAUGCAUUUCAGAAAGUUUUUGGUAAAGCAACAAUUUCAGGAAAGGUUUGUAUUGGAAGGUUUAAAAUAUGACAUAAAGCUGCUGUAUUUCUUUCUCAUUGUUUAAAUAGUUUUUAUUUUAUUUAUCAUUUAAUCAUUUAUGAAUUGAGAACGUAUCACACUUUUUAAAAAAUUGUUGGCUGACAACACAAUAGGGCCUAAGCUAAUUAUAGAAAAAUAUUUAAAUGCAUUUUAAUAUUGUACAGUUUCAGUAAAUGUUAGUGCUUCUUUUCUGUUUUAAAUUUGAUCCAUUUAAGUAUUUGUUAAAACCAUGGAUGCCACUCACUGAAAGCUGUGAACUCUGAAAUCCCUUUCUAAAAAUUUGUUGAAACCUGAAUCUUUUACCAUUUUUCAAACCCUGAAACUUAACAAACUCAUAAAAUUCAUACACUGCUGAAAGUAACUUGACACAGCAAGAAGCGAGGUGCUUGCAAAUGAAAGCGAGAGGUUUGCAAACAAAAGCAAGAGGUCGCAGUACCAGUUCUAUUUAUAGCGAACCUCGCGCAUUCUUACACAUUAAUUUUUUUUUAAAACCCAGACUCCGUAUUUGAAUAAACUGAACUGGCAAAUCCAGAGCCAGAGAUAAAAACUGGCAAAAUAUUUAGCCUCGCGAAUCUGGAAUUCUGGGAUAAUCCGGAAAAGUGGCACUCCUGAUUAAAACCUCAUACAGAUGCAAAUUAUUAUUUUUUUUUUUUUCUUCUUUUAGGACAGCCAAGCAACAACUGCUGCACAGCCUGUUGGUUUUACUGCAGGCUUGAAAGGAGCUGAGGACAGAAUUGCUAAUCUACGCAACAGCGGCGAAGUUUCUGAAAACCAGACAAUUGUUGCAGUAGAGGGCUUUAUUGUGGAGAUUAUACCAGACAGGUUUGCUCUAUAGCAACUUAUCAAUAUGUUAGCUAACCUAAAAAAUAAGCUCUUUUGAUUUAAAUCUUUUUAUAUUUAACUUGUAAAAAUAUUAAUAAUUGUGAUUCAAUAUGGCAUUCCUUAAAAUGUAGAUGGUAUGAACUGAGCUGUUUGGCUCUGAAAGAUCCCACACAUGGUAUUGAGUUGCAGAUGUUCUCUCAACCAACACCAAUUGCUACAGAGUAUGUGAUGACAGCACAGGAAAAAACUCCGUCAGAUUACCCUCUAAGGUAAAUUUGAAAACCUUUACUUAUAAAGCACGUGAAUUGAUUUAAUGUUUACGACCUGAAUUGGAUCAUCUAUUUCAUAGAUUUGAAGAAAAAAUGUCAGAAUAAAUAAAACAAAUUGUUUACCUCUAUUGGGUACAUUUAUUUCACAGUAAAUAAAUGAAGGAUAACGAGAUGAUCUUUUCCUUUGCUUGCUUGUUACCAAUAUGACUUACAUUUUAAAAUAUAUUAAAUAAGUUGAUUAGUUGUUUGAUUUUCUUAUCACAAUGAUUGACUUAUGCUAGCCUUAAAAUCCCAUUUCCUUAUUCAGAUGGGCUGGUCUGUCUGUCACAAUUGGGGAAGUAAUAGAGGCAGCCCAACCUCACAUUGGUCAUGCAGAUUGGCAGAUGGUUCUAUCAGGGGUCUCAAGGCGUCAGUCCUUAUCCUUGGCUGCUCAGAGCCUGGCCUACAUGUAUAAGCAGCAACUACCCACAUCUUUUGUCUCAUGAUUUCAAUCAUUCGAUCCUUGUUUAAAAGUUUUUUUAAAACUAUAGUUCAUAUUAAUUCUUGGGUUGUUUAAAAUGGAUUUCUAUGUGAAAUAAAGACUCUUAUUUUUGUGUUUAAUAUUACAACUAUUGACCUUUUUUGUUUAAACUCAUGAACAGUGUUCAAUAUAAAAAAAAAAAACAUGGAUGUUUCUGGCUGUGAUUGUGUUUUCAAUGCUUCUGUUUCAGUUGGUCAGCAUUUAAAUAGUUGACAAAAAUUGGAGUGGUUAGUACAAUUUUGUCCAACCGCAUUAACCUUUAAAAAGUUGAUUUUUAGCUGCUUUUUUUUCUUCUCUUAAUGUCCAAUCAUUGAAAUAAUUAUAGCUUUCAAUCUUAUGCCAUGGAGUCUUAUUUGCUAAAAUUUUUGUCUCCACAUUCAUGUUAUAGUUUCAUGUUUUAUGAGCUUUCAUAGGGUUAUUGCCAUUUAAUUAUAAAUUUACUUUGAGGUAGAAAUAUUUCUAUUUACUUACAUGUUAAUGAAUAAUUUUUUUACAUGUGUACAUCCUUUAAAUGUUUGAAAGGAAAAAGAAUUUUAUUUCCUCAGACCUUAUCUGAAACAUUGAAACUUUGUGUUGAAUGUUUACAUUUGAAAUAAAAGGUGGUCGUUGCUUGCUGUUAUAGUAAUUUGGAAAUAACAAAACAUCAAAUCUCAUGUAUAAUACAAUUGAUUACUCAAUUUAGGUUGCUAAUUCAUGGUUGCCUAUUACACAGGAGUAAAAGGAAAAUUGUACAUAUUAAUUUGUCUAGAUACUUCCACUUAAAGUAACUUAAAGGCAAAAUCAUAGUGUUUUAUAAAUGAGAUUUUACUGUAAUUAAUAUUUUAAUGAACUUUUCAGUUAACUUCAGUAUAAUAUGAACCAUAGCAACCCAAGAUUUUUUUCUUUUUAAAUUGAUUAUAAAAAUCAAUGUUUAGCAAAGAGAAAUAUGCAUGAUUUUUUUUGUCUUGAGUUUUAUCUUCCUUUUUUUAUUUUUAGCGGAUUCUGUUCUGGAUUAUUUUGUAACUGGAGAUAUAAAAAUAAGUUUGUUUUUUUCUUAUAUGAAAUAUAUUUAUGUAGAUUUAUGAACAAUUCUCUACAUGAUUAAAUUUAACAAUUAUGUUUACCUGAAAAAAUUAUCAGAAUUUUGGUAAUAUUGCAUACAAAAUAUGUUUCUUCUUCUAUAUAUUAAGAGCCUACGAUCAAUUUAUUGAUCAUUUUGGCUCAUAUGCAUGUAGAGGGGAUUUGCAAUGUUUUUGUGCCAGAUUUUGAGGAUAUUUCACUCGUUGCAAGGGCUACUUUGUGAGGGUAUCAUGCAUUGGGGGUUGGAAGGCCAGAGGCGAUAGACGCAGCUGUGUCAAUUGUUGUCGCCUCAACUGUUCCUUUUGAAAGCUGUUUCCAGUCCCUGAUUUUAUUUAUUAAUUAACUCUCUGAUUUCAGCAAUGACUCUCAGAACUUAUUUUCCUACAUACUAACAUGGGAGGUUUAUCAAACUGGUUAAUAUUGGUUUUAGGAUUCAAGCCUCAAAACCAGUUAUUGGUUUUUACAAUGCAUUCCCAACUGUUCUGCACAGCAAGCUCAGAUAGACAAGAAUGUUAUUAGUAACUCUCUUUCCAGUACAUAUUCAUACCCCAAAUUGGUAUUAUCAAUUGUCUAACAUGAAACCUGCAGUAGUUAUUUUACACCCGCAGAGCAUGUGCUGGAGAGCCUAUGUUUAUAACCAGUGACCACACUGCGAUAAUGCAAUCUGCAAACUUUUUAAUAUCCAUUGACACCUGCAAAGACAAAGCCACCUCAAAUUUUAUUUUAUCUCCCAAUUUUUUGAAGAAAAAAAACACAACUUUGACCGUUCCCUGACAUCAAUCAGCUAACCGCAGUUAUUGUUAGAAACCAAGGAAGGUUAACGAGUAGUCUACGUAAUUUAUAAAUGACAGUUUAUAAUUUUUAAAAGUCUUACAUUUAAUAAAAUUUAUACUGGUAGUUAUGUCUUUCUCUUCAAAAUUUUAUAAAAAUAAUUCUAUUAAUCGCUUUGUAAAAAUCAAUAACUGGUUAUCUGUUUUGAAUCCGAUUAACAGUAAUCUGAUUACUGUUUAACAUCCUUAUACGAACCUUGUGAAAUUGUACCGCACAAAUAUUAUGUAUCACACUCUGAAAAUGUCUAUUGUUUCUUAUUUUGUUUGUCAGAUAUUAUAUAAAUAAAGAUAGUUCCAAAGACCCUUUAUAAUUUUAUAAUUCAGAAGAGUAAAAUACUGAUUAUUUCUACUCAGAAACAAAAUUUCAACCGUAUCCGGAAAUUUGAUCGCAAGAAAUUUCGUCGAUGGUAAAUUGAUCAAACGGAAAUUGGUUGAAUUUUUUUUUCCCAGGUUUUACUUUAAUAUUUUGCUUCAAAAAGAAAUUUGACGAAAAUUUUAACGUGUUAACUGAAAAAAAAGUUUCGACCAAAUUUCCGUUGGAUCAAAUUUCCGUCGAUCAAUUUACCAUCGACAACAUUUCCUUUGAUCAAUUUAAACGGCACAAAGUAAAAAAUUGAUAAUUUAAAACUUGCCCUUUUCCUUUUAUGGAAUAUUUUUGAAACGAGUUUAAAAAAAAAAGAAGAGCUCAUGCGUUUUAUGUCUUAGUUUUUUGGUUUUUGUAAAUUAAAAAAAAAUGUUGGUGAUUAGUCUGUCAGUUUAUGUUGAUAUUAAUUACGUGCAAAAAGAUACUGGGACUUUCUUUUAUUAUUUAAAUAAUUUACCAAAAUGAAAGUUUCAAAACAAUUUGAUGAAAUCUAUUGGAUUAAAAAUUGUUGUUAGGAUGGCUUAUGAAUAUUUUAAUAUGCUUAAUAAUAAUAUUAUAGAGGGUUUCUUUAAUGUUAUAUUACGUUGAUUGUGUAAUUUUUACAUGACAUUUGACUAAACAUGUAUGUAACAACUUAAGAAAGGCAAUAUAAACUACAAUUG